AUGCGGCCUUCCGAGCUCCUCGCCUCCGUUCUGCUUUUCUCCACUGUUUCCGCUGCUGGGCCAUCAGGAUGGGACCCAGUUGAGGCUAUAAAUCACGACAUCGCACCACUCCUCAGACGACAAGACGAUCAAGAGACGACAUCAAAGUUCGACUUAUCGUUCACUGGCGUACAGGGCAACACCGCCACCACCGACACCCAGGCAGAGGAGACAUCAACGGGAGACUCAGAAGCCACGUCGACCGGCGACAACGAAUCACAGACAACCGAUGCACCCGAAGAGACCGGCAGCGCGACCGGCUCUGAGCGCACAACGGGCACAGCCAAGCAGACGGGCAAAUCGACGGGCACCAACAAGUCCGGGCAGUCAACAAGGACCUUCGAUGCCAGACUACCAGCUGGUGGCGUGUCCAUGAUCACCCCCAAUGCCAUGACCAGCAAGUACUACAAGGUCAAGGACUACGUGACCUUUGCCUGGAACUACACCUCCCUCUCGGUCACGCCGUCAUAUGUCGACGUGCUCGCAUCCUGCAGCAUGAACCAGCAAACCUACACAAUCGCCGCCAACGUAUCGGUGGAGGAGACACAGACUGUCGUGUGGGACACUGGCAAGUACCAGGCGACUGGCACUAUACCUCUCCUUACCGAGACAUACACCCUCAUCAUCCACGAUGCCGCCAGAGAGGUUACACAACAGGCGCAGGCCGGAUACCUAGGCACUUACAACCAGUUCACUUUCGGCAUGUACAUCCCGCAGGCAUACACGCCCAUGUCAGAGUGGGUCUGCGCCACUUGCAACGGCGCUCUGUCGCAAGCAGAGAGGCAGGUCAUGUGGGCUGUGCUAUCUAUGGCUGGCCUGACGGUACUGAGCUUCACGUGGUUCACCGGAGUCGCUGGGCUAUGGUAG